CAAGCACACUGAGUAGCUACGCUCACCACAUCUCGCUAAGCUUCACCGCAAGCUGCUGCCUUUCUUGCCUCUGGCCGCUCUCGAUUACUCGCAGCGGCAAACCACAUGGGAAAAGGCUGGACCGGACGAGGGACUCCGAAAACUUUCCGACGGUCCGUGGUGUUUAUAAGACAGAGAGAGAGCAGAUUCGAUCGCAGGCUGCGAAAGGCAAUCGUUUGGGCUGCACAAUCACCGGGCUGCACGGCUCUUGACGACCGUGAAUCCAGUGCACUGUGCAGAAGAUCGCCUCCCCCAGCUGCCCCCCAACUCGUCAAAGUGGCAUGGUUAAAGGCUGAGAGGAUUACAUUGAGCUCCUGCUUUAAUUCAAGUCGGAUUCAAUGAAAAUGUCUGUUUACGUCCAUGAGAAUCGCAAGUCCAGAGCCAGCACGGGCUCAAUGAACAUCUACUUGUUCCACAAAUCGUCAUACGCAGACAGCGUCCUCAUGCAUCUGAAUGCACUGCGCCAGCAGCGUCUUUUCACUGAUGUUCUGCUGCAUGCGGGGGAACGCUCCUUUCCCUGCCACCGCGCUGUGCUUGCGGCCUGUAGCCGAUAUUUUGAAGCAAUGUUCAGCGGCGGGCUGAGGGAGAGUCAGGCCAAUGAAGUGAAUUUCCAUGACUCUGUUCAUCCUGAGGUCUUGGAACUUCUGCUCGACUACGCUUACUCCUCACGAGUCAUCAUCAAUGAGGAGAAUGCAGAGUCACUUCUAGAAGCUGGGGACAUGUUAGAGUUCCAGGACAUCCGAGAUGCCUGUGCCGAGUUUCUGGAGAAGAAUCUCCAUCCUAGCAACUGUCUUGGCAUGCUGUUGCUCUCUGAUGCCCAUCAGUGCACUAAGCUGUAUGAGCUUUCAUGGGGGAUGUGUCUGAGCAACUUCCCAGCCAUCUGCAAAACUGAAGACUUCUUGCAGUUGCCCAAAGAUAUGCUUGUGCAGCUGCUUUCCAAUGAAGAGCUGGAAACCGAGGAUGAGAGACUGGUUUAUGAGUCUGCACUCAACUGGGUGAACUACGACCUGGAGAAGAGACACUGCUAUCUUCCGGAACUCCUGCGCACUGUCAGGCUUGCUCUGCUCCCAGCUAUUUUUCUGAUGGAGAAUGUCUCCAUGGAAGAGCUCAUUAUCAAGCAGGUCAAAAGCAAAGAACUGGUGGAAGAGGCCAUCCGGUGCAAGCUGAAAAUCUUGCAGAAUGAUGGUGUGGUGACAAGUCUGUGUGCACGUCCCCGCAAAACUGGACAUGCCCUUUUCCUCUUGGGAGGGCAGACCUUCAUGUGUGACAAGCUGUACCUGGUGGACCAAAAAGCCAAAGAGAUUAUCCCCAAAGCUGACAUCCCCAGCCCUCGUAAAGAGUUUAGUGCUUGCGCCAUAGGUUGCAAGGUGUACGUGACUGGCGGUAGAGGAUCUGAAAAUGGUGUUUCUAAAGAUGUGUGGGUAUACGACACUUUACAUGAAGAAUGGUCAAAAGCAGCUCCAAUGCUGAUUGCCCGAUUUGGUCAUGGGUCUGCUGAGUUAAAGCACUGCUUAUAUGUGGUAGGUGGACACACAGCAGCCACAGGGUGUCUUCCAGCCUCUCCUUCUGUAUCCCUUAAGCAAGUUGAACAGUAUGACCCAAUAACAAACAAGUGGACAAUAGUGGCUCCUCUCAGAGAAGGGGUGAGCAAUGCUGCAGUAGUAAGCGUCAAACUAAAACUCUUCGCUUUUGGUGGCACAAGUGUUAGCCAUGACAAAUUACCUAAAGUGCAGUGCUAUGAUCCAUUGGAAAACAGAUGGACUGUGCCAGCCACCUGCCCACAGCCCUGGCGUUACACCGCUGCUGCCGUGCUGGGAAAUCAGAUUUUCGUCAUGGGAGGAGACACAGAAUUUUCUGCAUGCUCAGCCUACAAGUUUAACAGCGAAACCUAUCAGUGGACUAAAGUAGGUGACGUUACAGCAAAGAGAAUGAGCUGCCAGGCUGUGGCAUCUGGAAACAAACUGUAUGUGGUGGGAGGCUACUUUGGCACACAGAGGUGCAAAACACUGGACUGCUAUGACCCUACUCUGGACACCUGGAACAGCAUAACCACAGUUCCUUAUUCGCUGAUACCUACAGCUUUUGUCAGCACCUGGAAACACCUCCCAGCCUAGAUGUGAAAGUUGUCAGAUUUUAUAGAUGCUGUCCACUGGUCAUCAACUGUGAAAAGCUUUCUAAACAUGGCAUGAAGGAUUACAGAAUCCCAGAAGAAUUGAAUGGUGGGGUGGCAUUACUUGACUACUCUGGACGCGUUUCCAACGUUACUGAGACCCCCAAACACUUGAAACUGGGCAUGAAGGAGCAACUGUUUUUCAUUUGGAGCCAUUUGCAUUAUGCUAAAUAUGAAUAAAUGAAGCUGUUUUCUUGCACAAGCUGCUGUAAUCAACAAUUAAUGUCACCAGUCAUCUGCUCCUGUAGAAGAGGAGAAAAACAGAAGACAGGGAGCUUGCAGUCGGCCGCUCGUUUCAGUGUGAAAUUUGAAAUGGUUGUCACCUCGCACUGUGACAUUGUGAAAUGCCAGCACCAGCUGCAGGGUGAUGUGAUGGCCGCAGGCCUAGGAGCCUGGCCUUGAUGUGCUUGCGCACAGAGUAGCGAGCGGCCUGGCAGCCCUCGUCCACCUGGGGCUUCAAAGACUUCAGUGUUUCCGCUGACUGAGAAUGCCAAACGUGCAUUCGAGAAAAGCAGCACAAAAGACGCGUUUUUUUUGUUUUUGUUUUUUCUAAAGGAAUGGAAAAAAAUUAUACAGGUUUUAUAGAAUGGAAAAAAAAGUUGGCUUAAUGUGUAUAUUUGGAUUUUUAUUUAUACAAAUUCUGUAUUUGUUUGUUCCUCAAGGUAAAAGUGUAUGUCUUUUGUCUUUUCAGCUAUUAUAUAUUUAUUGUUUAGUGACCUGUAUGCUUGAACAGUGUCUGGAAGUUCAUGUAUGUAGUACAGGCCUUUUUUUUUAUUUUUCUUUUACCAGGCUCUAAUUUUGCACAUUUUUUUAACGCUGGUAUUUUUUUUUUUGUGAAUACAAUGAAGAGUUUUUAUGUCCGCUUUUUCUUUCCCAUCCCAUUCCCUCCCAUUCGUAACUCCUUGUCGUGUAUCCAUGUAGAGAGAAAGAUUAAGCGAAACACCCUGCAUGGUCAGGCAACGUUGUUAUGGCAGACAGAUGACGUUUUGAAAAAUGCCGACAACUGAAGCAAAAAGCGUUAAGGGUUCAAGUCAUUUUGUUGUGAAAAGGGGCACUCCAACUUUGGUAUUGAAUUCGGCUGCCAUGGUUAGAGUGGAAGGAGUACAACUUCUGCAAAUUCUGCUUUAACACAGCAACACUCAAAAAAAUGAUUCCUGGGGUACAUUAUUGUUACUCAGCUAAAUUAAACUAAUUUUUAACUCCAAAUGAGAAGUAUUGCACAUUAAUGGAAUGAAGCUCCUCCAACGAAUCAUUGUUCUGAGUGACCAAUGACUGGUGAAAUUGCAGAAAAUGUGCACCAUCUGAUAAAAUUUAUUUUAAUUUGUUUGCUGAACUGUUGAUCACAAGUCACAAUAUUCCUUCACAGCAUACAAUAUUUGUCUAGCAUUGCUUCAACAACUGGAUCAUCUUCUUGUGCAUGUAACAGUUGAGACUUUCAAGUGCUGCAUUGAUACAGCUUAUAUAUAUAUGGAUAUAUAUAGAUAUAUAUAUAUAUAUAGAUAUAUAUAUAAUAUACUGUAUACGUUAUCUGUUUCCAAUGUGACUUUGAAUACGCGAUUAAUGACAUCGUGAGACACAGAGCCUGAUCGAGCUAGCCGGUGAAGAGGUGUGCUGUUCUGCCAUUCGUUGUCCUAACUCAUUUCUUAAGGAGUGAACAGCAGUUACAUAACUACUUGUGGUAGGGCCCAUUAAAAUAGAUAUAUUAAAUAUUUCAUUUAAAAAAUACACAGUGACCUCACAAAAUUGGAAUUAUAGGAAACACGAGUUCCUAACGGGGAGGAUUCACGUUAACAACCUGCCAAGUCCAAAUUACAAAUCACAAAGUUUAGUUUGUUUACCUGGCAAGUGAGUUACAGACUGACGGCCUCUUGCCUGUCUUACCUCAAGCAGCAUGGCCACCAUUAGAGUACAGGUAUGUGUGGAAGGAUACUUUGGCUCUCCCAGUCUAUCUUUCCCGUCUUCAUUCUUCUAUAAAGUGAUGCUCUGUUUAUGUCUAUUGUGGGUAUACGGGAGUCCCAGCUUUUUGCUGACUCUUCUAUAUUAGAAAUUCUGACCAGAGGUCACUUGAAAAGAAUGAAGCCUGGAAAUGCAAAAUGAUAGUAGAAGAUCUUGGUGGUGGCACAUCGAAAUUGGCUCUACAUGACUGUGGUGGGUGGUGUGCCUUGCAUAGUAGUGGCAUCCCACCAGAGACUGGUUGCCACAUUUCACUUCAUGUUGCCACUGUAGACCAUGGCUAGUCAAAGCUGUAGGUUUGAGAAGGACUGAAUAAAAUGGAAAGCGACACUGCUUCAUUAAUAAGAACAAUGCACACUUUUGGUAAAUUGUGAAAAGUUUCACUACAAACCCCCCGAAAAGAAAUAGACCUCAAUCAUAGCAAUUGUUAGACUUUAUCUUUUAAUACUGAGACUUCUCUCAGCAAUCCAUUCUGUAGCCUCCACCAAGAACUUUCAUCCCCACUUGAUUUUAGGUCAGGGGUUGGCAGAUGAUAACACAAGUUUUGACGAUGAUCUUUUUGGCCAUAAGGAGUUAGGUGCCUCCCUUUUAAAAUCUAGAACAGAAAAUAUUGACAUGGGGUGUGCUUUUUUUUUUAUUCAGUGUGUUUUGUUUUUGGCUGCAGCAUCAUUGUUUCAAAACUCUGAUGGGCUGUGGCAUCUUAUUCAGUUCAUGCACUGCCCAAAUGCAGCAAGUGUGUGAAAUGCACAUGUGCAUGCCUGUUUUCUCACAGCCCUCACCUGUACUCGUGGGAGCCGAUUCAGAGCACACUAUUUCCUCCUAUGUUGUUAUAGUCACUUCCUCGACUGUUUUCUCCUGCAGAUGAAAAAAGGUUUCUGCUGCCAAGCCUGCCUGUUGGUGGUUUCUGGCUACUGAGGACGUAAACUCGCACAACCUGCUAGUCUGGUCCAGCAAUACAAUCAAACAUUAGCUACUGCCUGGAGCAAAAACUGGUUGCACCAAUUUGCGUGGGAAAAAACACACAGUGUUAUAGGUGAACAUCAAUCUGUAUUUCAAAAGAAUUCAGUCCAAAGAAAAUAUGCACACCAAAAUAAAUUGACCCUUUUUGAUUCUUUUUUUAUUUGUUUACUUUGCCGAUAUGUAUGUCCACUACGUUUUUUUUUUUUUUGGUCUGCAGUCCUCCCUUAGGUCUGAGUGGGGCUGGAUAGAUAAAGUUACGCAUAGCAGCAGACCCCGCGCCUGCUGGAAGCGUGUAGGCGAACAUGAAGAGGUCAUAAAGAAAAAGCUCCUGGCCUCUCAUUCUCUCCAACCACCGUCCCAAUUCUGCACCGCCUCCCCCUGCCUGAACCUGAAAACAAUUCAUGGUAAAGUGCACUCCAAACCCCUUGGCAUCAAAUGAGGAGGUUUUUCCCAUUUUGGCUGCCGGUUGCCCUGGAAACUCAGAACAAAGAGCAGCCUUCUAUUUGCAGUGUAAUUGUGUGCUGCUUUUUUUCUCCGUGGGGCUGACACCUGUCUGAGUAAGAGUGAUUAUGGCUGAAUAAUAGUCCUGUCCUGACUGAAUAGAAAGUGGUAUGCAUUCACAACUGAUGUCCGUGUGCAGAAAAUAUUAUGUCAAAAUGUUGGUUUCUUUCUCUUUGUAGACUACUGCGGUUUUAAUAUCAUUUUGUACAAGUGGAUGUUUCUUUUUCACAAUGUGAAAUUCAUUGCUAAUAAAUUUUGAGAGUUUCUCUCUUUUGAAAA